AUGGACGGGAGGUCGCGCCGCUAUCCAUCGUCCACUCUCGCUCCCUCGUCGGUCUCUCGCCGAGAACGAGACCGCGACAGAGAUCGCGACAGGGAUCGUGACCGUGACAGAGAUAGAGACGGGGAAAGGGGAAGCGAACGAGACAGCCACAGAGACCGUGAUCGCGACCGCGACCGCGAUGUUGAUGAUGCUGCCUCUUCAGCUCCAUCCACAUUACGGUCCCGCGCUGGCGCCGGCUCCAUCCGCAACCCCCGUCUGCGGCCAACUGAGUCGCGCUACUCGCUGGCCGAGUCGUUCGCAAUGACCAAGCGCGAGUUCGAGUUCGGCUUCGAUGACGCCUCGUCCAUCGCCGAGCGCGCCACCGUUGUGUCGGAUACCGUGCAAGGCGAUGAAGAUCCGGACGCCCCCGUCAUCGUGACCUCUUCCCAGGCCGCCCUGGCCCCGACCUAUCCCCUCGGCGCCUCUGAGCUGCGCAACUACUACGAGCUGCUGUGUCUGCCCGCCAGCAACACCGCCGCCUUGUCCCCGGGCCAGGUCCGCGAUGCCGCCCGCCGGGUCACCGAAGCGCUGGCGGCGUCGAAGCAGCCUCCUCAUCUGCAGGGCACUGCGGCGUACUACCAGGGCCUCACGGAAGCUGCUUAUGAUACCCUUUCGAACCCCGGCCGUCGACUAGGCUAUGAUCUUUCCGGGGCCAAGGAAGCGGGGUCUGAACUCGACGAGGAGAGUUCUGACGAAGGUUCCGGCUCGGAAAACAGCCUCGAGGCCUACGACAGAAGGCUCAAGGAGCAGUACCUGGAGCUUACCCGUCCCCAGGAAACCGACGUCACGGAUCUCGGUUUGCGAGUCGAUGCUGCCUCUUUCCUAACUCUGAAGAAAGCACAUGAUGACCAUCACGGAGGCCAUCAUGGCGGCACCUUGGAAGUCCUGGAUUUCUCGCUUCGCAGGUCUGUCGAGUACGAGGUUCCUCAGCUGAAGGAGCGGGUCGAGCGUGCUGCGCGGUUCGCCUGGUAUUUCUUCAAGGAGGAUGACAAUGUCCCUGUUCGCUUCAACACGCCAACAGUGGCCAUCGAGGCCGGGGCUCACGGCCUGCUGGAUGAAGCCUACCAUGCCGCUCCCCGGGUCCUGGAUCGUUACCAGCCGCCUGGUCCCUCUGUUCACGGUCGGAGACACAUCGAACAGCUGCUCGCGUCGCGGUUCCUUCCGGUGCUGGGCGUGUCGGUUCGUCAAGAAGCCAAGUGGCGGCAGGACCGCAUUUUUAAGGGUAUUCCCGACCUGGUCGUCGAGCCGGAAAUCGAGGUGCUGCCUCAUCGGGCAGCUAUUCUGCGUGUCAGCCAUCCGAUCGCCAUCGAGGACCACGAUGAGCCCGUGCAUCUCGAGAUGGCUGUUCACCAGCCUCUCCAUCGCCAUGGCGAAGUGCUCCCUACCGUAGGCUUGGCGGCUCACACGGAGAUCGGCCACGGAACCGCCUUCGUGAUCGCAGACGCCGGCGACUGGAGGUACUGGCGCGGGGGCGACUGCAGGGAGCUGCACACGGUCUCGAAAUACGCCGGAAGCGCCCUGCCCAUGGCCGACGUUUUCCUCAACCCUCCAACCCUCGAGAUCGGCUACGCCUUUGGCAGACACGAUCUCGGCCUUACCAACGGUCAUGCCCUGACCCAUCGUCACGGAAGGAAUGUCUCAGCGCUCGAGCACGACCUCGACGACGGAGACCACGGCGAGUCGUGGACCAUCUCGACAGGCUUCACCCGCGGCAACGCCGCCGCCUACCUGCGCUACGGCAUCGACCUCUUCGCUAACCUCUUCCCCUCUAAUAAGAAAUCUUCCUCCUCCCGCCACGCUAACUCGGGCAUCCGCGCCGAGGUCGAGCUCGCCGGCACCAUCCACCGUGACUUCUUCCUCGCCUUCCGCGCUCUAAAGCGCAUCGGGCGCUUCUCCAAAGCCGGUCUCGAACUCGGCCUCUCCCCAAGCAACCUCCACCUCUCGCUCUAUUUCUCGCGUCUCGGUCGGCGCGUCAGCUUGCCUUUCCUGCUCGCCACGCGUGCGCCGCGCGCCCGUUCAUGGGCUACGCGCCUCCUCUUCUGGGCUUCUCUCUUCCCGUUUGUCGCCUGCGCAGCCUGGGAGUUUUAUAAACAGCAUCUGCGGUCGCAGAACGGGAAUGCGAAGUCGGCCGCUGAGAAGGAGAAGAAGAUCCAGAGCUAUAUUGCGCGGCGUCGGGCAGAGGCAGAUUCGCUUACUGCCGUCCUCGCGACGGGUGUUGAGCCCAGGCAGGCGGCGCAGCGCGCCAAGGGCGGAUUGGUGAUUCUUAGUGCCAAAUAUGGCGUGCGCGGGGCGCCGCCCGAAGAAGUGGCUGAUGUGACGAUUGCGUUGGCUGCGUUGGUGGAUGAUGAGGGGCGGUUGGUUAUUCCUAGGGGGACGAGGAAGAGUAGGCUGUUGGGCUGGUGGGACCCGGCGCCGGGGAGAAGGAAGGUUCUCAAGGUAAAAUAUCUUUACAGGGGGAAGGAAGGGAUUGUUGAGGUGGAAGGACGGGAUGGGGUUAGGUUGCCGUGA